AGCUGUUGGCGGAAGAAACUGCGUCUGCCUCCAAAGUUGUGCCCCUUAUGAAAAUGCUGGAGCAAAACCUACAGGAGGAAAUGGCGCUGCAGUGGCACUGGAAAUGGGAGACCAGCUCAUCAGGCAGCUACGGGAGAAGCUGUAUACUUUGCAAUCAAUAAGCAUACUGUCCCUUGCUACACUCCUGGACCCCCGAUUCAAGGUGAUUGGAUUUUUUAGUCAAAACAAAGCCACUGAAGCAGUGAAGCGACUUACAUCAGAGUGUGCUGCCAUCGUAAGGCAACAACAAAGAGGAGAGGAAAUCCCCCAGGCUUCUACCUCUCAUGAUGUCACUGGAGGUAAUCUGUUAAUUUACAUUUUGACAUCAUUUAUUCCUAUAAGAACACUUACUAACAUGAUCUGUGGUUUCCUCUUAGGUAGCAAAUUGUGGCAUCAUUUGGACACUAGCGUCAUGGAAGCAAGGAGGUGUCAAAAUGUUACAGCAGAUGCCACUGUGGAGGUCCAGCGGUACCUUUCUGAGCCAAACAUAG